UAAGAAUUUAUCUUAUAAAAUCCAUUUAAUAUUAAAGACAAUAAUUUACAGAAUAGAAAAUAAUUUACGAAGUGAAUUCAUCUACAAUUUAUUUUUUAUUGAAAAAAAAAGAAAUGGAAAAAUAAUCAAAAUCACUGUAAAUUAACAAAAUAAAUAAGAUGUUGAGCCUAUUUAGAAAAUUUAUCUCCAAUUCAAAUGAAUCAUCACAAAUUCCAUUUAUUGAUGAGACAUUUGCAAGUAAAUUGGAAAUUUUUAUUUUCAAACUAUCAACAAAGGAAUGGUUGGAAAAUGUUUCAGGUACAAUAUUCAUUGAAAAAUUAGAACCACCACAAACAUCAUUAAUGAUAAUAAAAAUUGAAUCACAUCCCUAUAAUUUAAUACGAAAAAUUACACGUGAUUUUGAAUUAUUAGAAAAAGAUGAGAGAACAUGGAUGUUUCGUGUUUAUGAAAAAACAAAAUCAACCGACUACAAUGAAUCGUCUAUAAUUGCUUGUCGUUUUUCCACAAAAAUAAUAGCAAAUAAAUUUUAUAAUUUUAUCAAAGAUCUACAAAAUAUCAGUAGAGCAGGUUUUGAAAAUCUUAAUUUUCGACUUGAAAUAAUACGUAAAAAACAUGAGGAAGAACUUUUGGAAAAAAACUAUGCUUUAGCAGCAAAUUUUCCAACGUGGGACUAUUUAUUGAAUGGAAAAUAUUAUCAAAAUUUUUACAAUAUAAAAAAUAAUUUAUUUCAAUGUAUGACUGAGAUACGUGAAUUUGAUAAUGUGAACAAAAAAUGGAAGGAACUUAUUUUGGGAAUUGUGAAAAUUGAAAUAGAAAAAGAUAAUGCUGAACAAAGUGUAUUGACAGUAAUGGAAAAUAAUCAUUUCAUUAAAUUAGUUAUAACAAAAGAUGUUGAAUUAAUAGCAUUGGAUAAUAAAACAUGGAUGUGGAGAGGAUAUAAAAAAUAUGAGAAUAAUGUUGAAAAUCUAUUGAUUGGUUGUCGAUUUAUAAAUACAAAAAUUGCUCAAACUUUUGGAAUUAAUAUUUUGAAGGCACAAAAAAAUGCCCCAUCAAGAUGUAAUUAUCGCGAUGAAUAUAUGAGUGAAUUAUUUAAAAAAGAAAAUGAAAUAAAAUUAUCAAAUAAUCAAAUUGCAUUGGAGACAAAUUUUCCCGGUGAAUAUGAAAUAAUUGACAAUGAUGACAAUUUUUCAUCACCCACUACAUCGAAUAUUAAUCAAUUUAUUGUUAAUAAAUAUACUCCAACACUUUCAAAUAUUUCACUUUCUUCAUUUUCAAUAUCGUCAAACGAUGAAAAUUCCAUGUUAAACAUUUUAUAUGAAAAUAGAGGAAAAUUUUCUAUUUUUAAUUUGGAAAUAAAACAAUGGAACAAAUGUGGCGAUGGAACAAUAAAAAUAUUAAGAAAUAGAGAAAUAUCAAAUAUUUAUUUAUCGAUGAAAUUUAAUGAAAAUGAAUUUAUUUGUAAAAUAACUCAAGAUUUGGAAUUGAUGGAAAAAAAUUCAAAAUUCUUUAUCUGGAGAGUUUAUAAUAAAAAUGAAAUGAAGAAAUCAAUUAUUUUUUUGAUGACAGAAUUUGAAAAUAAAGAAAUUUCAGAGGAAUUUAAAAAUUGUAUGAAAAAUAUAAAACAACAUUAUUCCGAUGAAUUGUUAAGCGAUGAAUUUGAAUUGAAUAUAAUGAAGGAAUUAUUUGAAAUUGAAUUGAAUGAAAAAUUAUUAGCAUUUGAUAUGAAUUUUCCAUCACAUGUCGAUAUUGAAUGGCUGAAUGAAGAGAUUAAUAAAAAAUUAAGAGUCAAUGAGAAUAUUAGUGAAAUUGAUUUUACUAAAGGUGCAAUAUUUCAUUCGAAAGUUGAUAUUUAUAAAUUUGAUAAAAUUUCAAAUGAAUGGAAAAAACUCACAGUACAUUCAGGUACAAUAAUGAUAAAAUUAAAACAAUUUCAAGAAUUUCAAAAAACAAUUAUUUAUACAAUUAUUGAUGAUUUUCAAGGAAAAAUUGUGAUUAAAUGUGAAAUAGCUGGUAAUUUAAAUUUAGAAAUGAAAGACAAAACUUCAUUUAUUUGGAGAGGAUACACUGAAAUGGAAAAUGAAAAAAUGGAAACUCACUUGAUUGCCUGUCGAUUUAUAAAUUUUCAUAUUGCCAAAACAUUUAGGGCAAUUGUCGCCGAUAUUGUGGAUAAACCCAUGAGAUGUUUUCUUCGCGAUAAAUAUUUGUCAUUAAUUUUAAAAAAUGAGAGAGAACAAAUUUUUGAACAAAAUCAAAUUGCUCUCAAUUCUAUUGCUGAGAAAGAAGAAUAAAAAAAAAAAAAUUGUUUCUUUUUCUAAUUUUUAAAAAAAUAAAAUUAUAAUUCAAAAUUAAAAAAAAAAUUAUUACCUUUAAAUUUUUUUCCCUUAUAGAAUUUUCCUUUAAAGUUCUUGUAUUAAAAAUUAGAUUUUAAUAAUUCAAUGUUUUCUUCGUGGUAAAUUUUGUUCUGUAAUUCUAAAAACUGAGAGAGAGAGAACAAAUUGUUCUCAAUUCUGUUGUUGAGAAAAAAAAAUUUGUUUUUUGUAAUUUUUAUAAAAUUUAUAAAAUAAAAUUAUUACCUUUU